UGCUCCGCAGCGGGCUCUGUUUCUAUAGAGAGAGCAUGGCCUGGUCCACAAAGAGUCCUCCUUCCCCUCCGUUGGCCUCUGGUUCGUUGGCGAAGGAGGGUAAAGGACGAAGACGCCGAGCACGACGGCCAUUACAGCGCCCCGCCCGCCAUUACAGCGCCCCGCCCCGGCGCAUGCGCGGCAGCCCCGGCAAGAUGGCGGCGGCGACGGCUACGGCGCCGGCGGAGGAGGAGCCGAGGCGGCGGAUCCCGCUGGUGCCGGAGAACUUGCUGAAGAAGAGGAAGGCCUACCAGGCCAUCAAGGCCACCCAGGCCAAGCAGGCGCUCCUCAGCAAACGGAAGCACCAGAAGGGGAAACAAAUCCAGUUUAAACGCCUUGAGGCUUUUGUUCGAGAUUCAUGGCGCAAACACCGGGACGAUGUCCGGCUGAGACGCAUGGAGCAGAGACCUGGACAGACAGCUGCACCUCAGGAGCACAAACUAGCCUUUGUUGUGCGGAUUGUAGAUAUUACGGGAGUGAGUAGGAGGGUAAAAAGAGUGAUUGACUUGCUGCGGCUGAGAAGAAAUUUCACUGGAAUGUUUGUUAAACUGACUCCGUUAUCGCUGAAGAUGCUGCGAAUUGUGGAACCUUAUGUGGCGUGGGGACACCCUAACUUGAAAUCUGUACGAGAGCUCAUCCUGAAACGGGGCCAAGCCAAGAUCCAGAAAAAGAGGAUACCUCUCACAGACAAUAUGCUGAUAGAGGAACAUUUAGGGGGCUGUGGUAUUAUUUGCCUGGAAGACCUUAUUCAUGAAAUCUACUCAGCUGGGAAACAUUUCAAAAAAGUCACAAACUUCCUCUGGCCGUUCCAUCUGUCAGUGGCUCGCCAUGCUUCGCGGAACAAAGUGGGUUUCCUCAAGGAAAUGGGUAAGCCUGGCUGGAGAGGUGACGGAAUCAACCAGCUUAUACGACAGCUGAACUAGCCAGGGUCUGUGUGAGAACUUCAGGAUUUAUAACCUGUUCCUUUUCACACGUGGUUUUCAUGGAUGUUACCCUAUGCAAUGAUGUAGUAUGUCUUUUGACUGUUGGUGCCUCUCUAAAAAAAAGAAGAAAAAAUACACGGAUGAUGAUGGAGAGGGACUUUGUGCUGGUCCUUCUUGAAGAAGACAAAUUGUAUGUGGUACAAGAAGCAACUUGAGCUUCCUGGAGCAAUCAGACUUCUCUGUAAAACAAGUUAUUUUUUUAUACUCAUUACUGCUGGCGCUGUACCAGUCAUCUCCUGAUCUCAUCUUUGGUAUAAAGCAGUGGCUGUCAGUUCCUGAUAUAAAUUUCUGUUAGAGUUGAUUGGCACUCACAGCUUUGGUCCGGUCCUCCCCAGGGGAAGUGCUUGAAGUGCACCUCCUCCUAGGUGUAAAGGGGUGGUGCAGUCACCUGUUCAAGAGUAUGGCUGACAGGCUGAAGAAAACUCGAGGUGUUCCUCUGUUACUGCAGUGCAAGCCCCAGUAGUGAAUAAUGUAAUAUUUUUUUGAAGUAACCUAGCUUGUAUUUAUUUUAAGAAAAAAAACCAUGAUUUUGUGCUACUGAUUUGCAGAAGGCUGCCUCUUCACCUCUGCUAGGUUGGGACUGCUGGAGAGAACUAUUGCCUGCUAUGGAAGCCCAGAAACUUUGUAGAACGGUGGUGGAGUACGUGUAAUCAAUGUUUUUUAAAUAAACUUUUGAAAUCA